AUGUCUCUGAUUCCGAGAUUCUUUGGCAACCGCCGGAGCAACGUGUUCGACCCGUUUUCGCUGGACAUCUGGGAUCCAUUUGAAGGCUUCCCCUUCUCGAGCGCCGUCGCGAAUCCGCCAUCCUCCGCCAGGGAAGCCUCGGCGGUGGCGAACACGCGGAUCGACUGGAAGGAGACGCCGGAGGCGCACGUGUUCAAGGUGGAUGUGCCCGGACUGAAGAAGGAGGAGGUGAAGGUCGAGGUCGAGGACAACUCGAUUCUGCAGAUUAGCGGGGAGAGGAGCAAGGAGAAGGAGGAGAAGAGCGACACGUGGCACCGUGUGGAGAGGAGCUCCGGAAAGUUCCUCCGCCGUUUCCGGCUGCCGGAGAAUGCGAAAUUGGACCGGGUGAAAGCGGCCAUGGAGGAUGGGGUGCUGACGGUGACGGUUCCUAAAGAGGAGGUGAAGAAGCCUGAGGUCAAGGCAAUUGACAUCUCCGGUUAA